AUGUGGCUUGCAACCAAGGACAAUCAAAAGAACGAGCUACUAUGUUAUGUUGAUCUGGAAAUAGAUAGAGAUGAGAUGAUUAAGAUAGGGUGGAUCGAUGUGUACCACACAAGCAGCGUAAAACUUGUGAUAAAACACGGUUUCUCUUGGCUAUGGAGGUCUGGUCUCAACACAGCAAGGAGAAUAGGGGGCAGCGACGCUCAAGCAGCUAGGUUAAAUGUGUAUCUUUAUAGAUAA